CCCCGCCCCAGUUCCCACGUCUGGUCACCCAUUCUUCCUUCUGGCAGCCUCCCCCACAUCCCUCCCAGGCAGGUCAAUCCUCUCCAGGGUCCUCAAUUUCAGGGUGUCAGCACCUUCUGAAGACCCACUGACCCUGGGGAUUGCAUGUGGUGACACCUAGGGGAAACUGUGACCAGGGACCUCUGCUGCAGUAGGCGCUCCAUUGGCACCUCUGUCUUUCCAGCUUUUGCAGACUCAACUCAUGGUUGAGUCUCACCAUGGCUGCAGACUCAACAUGGUUCAGAGCAUGGUCCCCCCAGCUCCAGUGGCUGCACACACUCACUCCCACCUCUUGCCCACUGCAGCACCAAGGGCUGUGCCUGCCCUGAGUCCUGCUUUCUGCUGCCCCUCCUCCCCUCCCCGCUACAGGCCCAGGAGGCUCUGAGGGCUUGUUCUACAGGCUUCAGGCCCCACCUGCCCACGUUGCUCAACCUGCAGGCCUCCUCCUUAGUCCUUGGUCUGCACACCCACCCUGGACCAGGGCAUCUGGGUUCUGACCCUGACGUGGGUUCUGACCCUGAGGUGGCCUCUGACAUCUGGCACUACCAAAUGGCCCCCAGGCCAGGUCCCCUGCCCAGACUCUGCCCACAAGGCUACGGUGUAGUAGGAAGACCUGGGCCCUGGUCCAGGACAGGCUGGACACCUUCAAGGCUCUUACAAGCCAGUAAUGUCAUGUCCCAAGGGCCAGGCUAGGGGCUUCUGGCCAUGAGGACAGAAUGAGGGGGGUCCCAGGGCCAGGGGUGUGGGCUGUUAUCUGCUACUGAGGCAGGGAGGUGACGACAGUGCCACAGAAACUGCUGACACACAGAAUGUGCUCUGCAAAGGCUUGCUGACCAGUCCCUGGGGCCACUCACAGCAACUUUGUGCAAAUCUGGAAAAGCUGCCCCUUUCUCUGGCCUCUGGAGUUCCUGCAGCCCUGGUAGGCCUUAGGGUACCCCAGCAAGCCCUCAGCUCCUCAGCCAAGAAUGUGUGCAAGUGGCUUUCCUGGUCAGGGCAGGGAGAAACCAGACUUUCCUGGGUGGGGCAGGAUGAGGGUGACUGAGUCACCACUGGGCUGCUGAAGCUUACUCUGCAGUUGUCCAGUCCCCUGGGGUGGCCUUAAGCCUGUCCUUGUAGGGAGUGGCAGCCAAAGUCUGAGCUGUCCUGGGGGACCAGACAGGAGCUUAAGAUGGGCUAAACCUGGGCAGGGAGGAGCACAGAGGGAUCGCAUCAGGCAGCCCAGGCAUGGUGAGGGUGGCCAGGCAGGCACUGCAGCAGGGGCGUGUGUAUGCACAGGAGUGUGUUUAAAUGUGUGUGCACACUUGCAUGAGCAUGUGUGCAUAUGUAAACAUGCACAUGAGUGUGCAUGUGUAGGUAUGGAUGUUGGGGGGUGAGAGAGAUGUGCCCCAUGCUGCCAUGGUGACAGUCUGGGGCAGGAUAGAAGGUCCUAGCCAUCAUGGAAGCCCAGUGCCCAGAAUAAACCCACCCACAGAGUUCAUCUGCCCCUCGAGCCCUCAGAGGCUAAGCUGGCUCCUGCAGAGCUGUGAGCUGAGCCACUACCCUUCCCCCACUCCCUAUGCCAAUGCCAGACACCUGCAGCUGCCCCCAAGGCACCCAGGCUUGGGGCAGGUGUGCUCCCCAGCUGCCCGGCCCCUCCAGCCCCAAAGGCCUGCCUCUGAGUUCAGUAGCCCAAAACUCAGGGUGCCACAGAAGUUUCCCCCAGCCAGCCAGGGGACCUUCAGCCUCGGUUCUCUCAUCUCAGGCCAGCAGAAAGACCAAGAAGAAGGAAGGGGGGGGGGCCCUUCGUGCCCAGAGGGCAUCAUCCAAUGUCUUCUCCAACUUUGAGCAGACUCAGAUCCAGGAGUUCAAAGAGGCGUUCACACUCAUGGAUCAGAACCGAGACGGCUUCAUUGACAAGGAGGACCUGAAGGACACCUAUGCCUCUCUGGGUAGGUGCCGGGAUCAACGUGACGAGCUGGAUGCCAUGCUUAAGGAGGCCUCAGGGCCCAUCAACUUCACCAUGUUCCUGAACCUGUUUGGGGAGAAACUGAACGGUACAGACGCUGAGGAGACCAUUCUAAAUGCCUUCAAGAUGCUCGACCCCAAGGGCAAAGGCAGCAUCAACAAGGAAUACUGAGUGCCAGGCUUUGGGCACAUCAAACGUCUGCUGAUGUCCCAGGCUGACAAGAUGACUGCAGAUGAGGUCGACCAAAUGUUCCAGUUCGCCACCAUCGACGCGGCGGGCAACCUGGACUACAAGGCGCUGAGCUACGUGAUCACCCACGGGGAGGAAAAGGAGUAAGGGCCCCGCCGGCCGCGCCCACUCAA